GUAACACAAAGCAUAGCAUUGAUUGUAGAGCAGUUUUCUACGUUUGAUUCUAUUGACUAUAAUGUACAAUCAAUCUAAAAAAUCAAGUGUAUGAUUAAGCGUUAACUUUUGUGUUAGGGGAUCCUAAUAUUAGCGUUCGUGAGGAUUGCGAAAGGUGGCUAGUGUCGGUCAGUCUGGACACUGCAGUCACAGACCCUGAAUGUAACCUCAUUCAACAAGUAGGUCACGAGACGAGACAAUUAAGGACAAAUACAACUUUUAAUUUCAGGACGACCUCUUGAUCUGUGUGCAAGUUCAACUCGGAUUUUCGACUCCAUCCUCAAACCACUUGAACUCUUAGCAAAGUGUCAACAUCACGUGCCAUCUGCGAACGACUAAAAAGCUGCACGCUGCAAAGCGUAGGUUUGUAUUGGAACCACACGUGCAUGUCUGGAUAUUCUGAGCAUUAGCUUUGAACUUCAAUCUGAACAAGGCCCUGGCCCUGGGACAGUACCGCGGAAAACCGGGGGAAAAUGGCGGAUGAAACACCACGUCUGACUUACUUUGCUGGGAGGGGUUUUGCUGAGCCAAUAAGACUCGCACUGGUUGCUGCUGGCAUAGAGUAUACGGACAACUAUCUGGAGACUAGGGAUGGCUUUUUGCAGCUGAUUAAAGAUGAAAAGCUGAUGUUUAAACAGGUUCCACUCUUAAAAAUAGAAGGGAAGACGCUCAUCGGGGCUGAGCCCAUACUGCGCUUCGUGUGUCGCAGAGGGCGUCUCGAUGGCAAGACCGAUGAAGAGAAAACACAGAUAGAUAUGUUGACAAUGGGUGCAAAAGACCUAGCUUGGCCGAACAUAAUCAAUUCUAAAUUCGACGAGAUCCAAGUAUCGAAGGAGAAAUGCGAGGAGGACAUUAAGAGUGCCUUCAGAGAGUGCCGACAUAGAUAUCUCCCUGUGUUUGAAAAGGUACUUUCUGAGAGCAAUUCCGGUUUUUUGGUUGGGGAAUCACUGUCGAUGGCAGAUAUCAUGGUCUUCGAUGCGUUGGCUUACGUCAAAGAAAUACCCGAACUUCAACCUUUACUGGCCGACUUUCCACGAUGUGCGGCUUUCAUCGAGCACUUCUCGAAUCAGCCGAUGAUAAAUGCUUAUCUUGCCAGCCCUCGGCGACAUCCACCGACCGAUACCAAGCAUGCUACCGAUGCCUGUCGCAUCUUGGGCUGGUUACCGUAAAUUCCGGUCAGAAAUACUGCGGUUGUAGGCAAUGGAAAACUUCGGUAAAAAUUCGCAAAAGAUGGAGUUGUUACAAGGCUUCAGAUAAAGAAUUGCGAUUAACACCGGUAAUAAUGAUGACGACGAAGACGAGAAGGAAUACAAAAAACCCUAUAUGGGUAUUUGUUAUAUUCAUAUUUCAACAUUAAAAAAUCACCUUACGUAUUUACAUAUUUCUUUUUCAAAUGUAUAUUCCAAAUUAAAUUCUCGAUAAUCUUUUCCUGAUUGAUUUCUUAUAAGUAUAUAUCCAUAAAUACACCAAAAGGCAAUUGUAAGGAACAAAUGUAGUUCAGCUUCUUUGUGAGUUAAGUAAAUGCAUUUCUGUCAUUUUAAGGUCAACAUUGUAUACUAACUUAGCUAUUGUUUUCAAAUAGGAAAGCAAAUCUUUAAUUUAGUUUACACUCAACAAAAGCUUUUACAUUAUCUUCGUCCACGCGAAAAUGUGGGCAAUUUCCUUCCGUGAUAGCAUUUCACUUGAACAAAUUGUUUUUCAAUGGCAAUAGAUUAUACAUGAUCUUAAAAUUGAAUUGUUUCAGUUUAUUUCAUUUUAAUAGUAAUACAAGUUUCUUUUAAAUAUUUUGACCAGUCAAGUGGUGAUCCAAUUAUCUGUUCCCAAUAUAAACAACUGUUAGUGCCCGAUACAUCUGAUGAUAAGAAUUUAUAGAAUUGUUUACUUGAAAUAUCAUGAAUAUACUUUAUUUGAUAUCUGACUCCUACAAUUAUUUUGCGAAAUUCUAAUGAAGGUUUAUUGUUGCGAUUGGUACAAGAGGUUGUAUCAUUAUUUAUCUACAUUUUAGGGAUAGCCUUAAGUAGUAAGGUGUAAUCAAAUAUCAAUCUUUGCUUCUCUGCAAUUUAAACAGGGAAGACAUUUCCAUUAUAGGUCAGAAAUUUAUUUUCCUGAGAAUAUUGUUCAAAGACACUAUCCAAAAUUUAUACCAUCCUUAAAAAAAAAUUGGGUGAUGUUGCGACAGGUUACAUUUUUAUUGAGACACAAAAUUUCGUAUUUUAAUCCAUUUACUUCAGGGUGAUAUUCUAAACAAGUAUUAUUCUUUAUCUCUAACAAGGCAUGUAAUAUUUCAGUGUAAAAGUCCUUGGAUUUUUUAGGACAAAAUGAAAAUUCUGCACGAAAUUGUAUUAAGGCGUUGAUUUGACGUUAAAUAAAACGAUCAAUGAUGUAGUUCUGAUUCAACGCAGUUCAAGAUAUAUAAUUCUUGUAGCACAGCAUGGCGUAGCAUAACUUGGCAUAAUUCAAUCUGUAUAUUAAAGAGAACAAACAAAUUGAACCGGAAAUUAGACAUGUGUCUUCAAUACAUAGUAAUUUAACUCUGAAUAUCUAUAUUUGUCUAAAUCAGAUCACACUUUGAAUUGUACUUUCUUAAAUAAAUGAUAAACCUGAAUGAA